GGUUAGUUCAUCUUCACAUUAUGUUGGCAGUUUUUGAGAAAUCAGUUUCGAAGCCACCCAAGGAGCUGAGCCUGAGCCUUCCAGUUGCUGGGAGGAAUUGCUUGAACAGAUGGGAAGAAAUCGCAGAAAUCUUCCGAUCAUGGAGAUCAGACUGCACCUUUUACCACCUAUCCGGUGGCAACUUCCUGGCUUUGUCGCAUCAAGAUGAAAAUCCAGCAAUUCCAAGGUCUGUUGUAGUGAUGGAUGAUAUCUUCUGCAUAUUCUCCGGGGCGUUGCACAACACUUGUGACAUGAGACGAUACUACGGGCUGUCAAGGCAGGCCACGGAAGCCGUGAUCGUAGUCGAGGCCUAUAAAGUUCUACGUGAUCGUGCACCCUAUCCUACCGAUCAAGUCGUCAAGGAACUCGAUGGCAAAUUCGCAUUCAUUCUCUUUGACUCCAAAGCUCCGACCCUUUUCCUAGCAAGGGAUCGCGACGGCAGCGUGCAACUCUACUGGGGAGUAGCCGGCGACGGUUCUUUAGUAUGCACUGACGAUCCCAAUGUCAUAUCCGCAGCAUGUGACAAACAUUACACUCCCUUCCCUCCCGGAUGCGUAUUCAUGGAUAGGAAUGGUCUGAUGAGCUUUGAUCACCCUCUGAAUAAGGUGAGAGGGGUUGUGAGGGAGGAUGAUGGUGGAGUUAUUUUCCAAGUGGAUCUAUACAGUAGAAUUCCCAGCAUCCCCCGCAGCGGCAGCGCCGUCAAUUGGGCCAACGCCGCCCAAGUUGAAGGAGACUACUGACCAACUUUGCUCUGUGCUUGUGUGUGCGUCAGUGCGUGUCUUCUGGAAAAUAAGGCGCAAUCAACUUUAUCUGUUGUGCUAAUACCAAUGAAGCUUGAUGCUUCAAAACUCGUACAACAUUACUGGAUAAGAAUGGAAAUUUGUGAGCCAA